AUGUUCUUUAACGAAAGCUUCAGUAACCUACCAACCAGUACCCGUGCUAGCCACAUGCCUGACAAGAGUGCUAUCUACUUCAACGGUGGGAAAAGAGAAACCGCAACAAGCUCUCUUCGAGGAGACGCCAUGAGAAAAGCUUCGUCGAUCAAAUUCGCUGUUAUAGAGGAGCAUGCCGAUCAACCACCACAGAAUCCUAUGCGCCAAUUAAGUCAUAGCUUCCUGCCGUGCUUGACGGAACGAGCCGAAAGUGUAAGGAGUUUGAUGGCCUCAACAAGGUUUACUGAAUCUGAUCGAUCACUCGUAUUCGAAGGUGAUCAGCUUAUGGAUCUCCCAAUACGCCAGCUAAGCAAAAGGAGUUUGUUGAUGGCAUCAACAAGGCUUACUGAAUCCGACCGAUCACUUCUGUGCGAAGGUGAUCACCUUAUGGAUCUUCCAGUGCGCCAGCUCAGUAAAAGGAGUUUGAUGAUGGGUUCAACAAGUUUUAGUGGAUCUGAUCGAUCGCUGCCUUACCGUAUCGUAAGCCCGUUGCAACAGGCAUGUCCUCUAAAGUAG